AUGAUAACCUGUAACAGAUGUCCCAAUCUGGCGCAGGAGUCAUCAGCUGUAAGCGAAGGUGAGUUAUGAGCAUGUGAAUGAUAGCUGAGUGCAUGUGGAGGUGAAGUAAGCAUAGAUUUAUUUUUUUAAACAUAUUAAGCUUAAAGUGAAGCUUUAAGUUCAACCAAUGACAGGGGAUUGUGGGUAAUAUUUGAAACAGAGUCUUACUUAAAGUCUUGAUUGAAUUCUUUAUUUACAGACAAGAUCAUUCAAUUCAUUGUUUUUUGUCUACAUGUCUGAUUUUACAGCAUGUGUGUGUGGAGUUAAUUGUGCCUAAUUGUGUGUGUGUGUCCAGGAAUGUGCGCGCUCGUCAUAGUUGUCUUUUUGUCUGUGUUUGUCUACGCACCCAUGUGCCAACGCUCAUGUGUGCCCAUAUGUGGUUGUGUGAGCGCUCCACCGUGUGUGUGUGUGUGUGCCCAUGUGUGUUGUAUGCAGCCUAUUAGUGGAGUUUAACCCCUGUGUUCAGGGAGUCACAUCCCCUCAACACACCAGUCUCCAUUCUAACAGCAGCAGCAGCACGUUAACAUUUUACUCUCCUCCCUCCCCACACACCCCCUUCACUUUUGUCCUAAGAGGGCAAUUAAGGAAACAAACGUUUUCCCCAAGAUAAGCUGGCUGCCAGCUUUGCAUACUAAUGCAAUGCCAAGUGGUUACAAAUAGUGAGUGCUCUAAUUACCGGCACUGUUUUCAAUCAGAAAUUGCUCAAUUUCCCAGGAUGAGGUCUCCAUGGCUGGAGAAAAAAAAGCUCAACCUGACAGAGGCUGGAGACAAUCAUCUCUACGUGGAGUGUGGCUGAUUUUUAUGCGCCUGUGUGGCACAAGUAUUGGUGCAAAAAAAGCUCAUCUGCUAUCCUGUGUGUGUGUGUGUGUGUGUGUGUGUGUGUGUGUGUAUACACCCUGGCACAACCCUCUCUAUCACUGCUGCCCUUGACGAGUCAAGAAAUGGAUCCUGUCAGCCUCUGCAGCAUUUAGCACCGCAAUUAUCCCCUUUUCACAGCGCCGCUGCAUUAAUGUAAACCACACCAGGCUACUUAGUGAUGAGCACAAUGUGGUGCACCAUCUCUAGGCGCGCAAUUUGAUGCAAUUGUGUUGCCGUGUGAUCAUCAGUGCAAAUCAGGGCCUGCCUAUUUAUUAAGCAAUUUCGUUUGGGGAAAAUUAGAAGGAAGGUGCUUUUAAUUUGGCGGAAGAUAGUAAUAUCUCUAAAAGCAACAUAAUGUGGCUGACAUCAAACACAAAAAAGGAGAUUUGAGUGAGUUUUGCAUUCACCAACCUAUCAGGGAGGGGUGUGCUAUUCUGAGAAGAGUGGCAGUGGCCAUGAGCAGGGGGGGCAGCACAGACCAAAGUGACAAGGACUCACUCCGUAGGAUGUGCACACAGGACCCAUCCGUUGGCCUUAGCUGACCUUUAACUCUGACAGUGGCUAAUGGAGGGCUGGCCCUCGAUCAAUGCACUGAGAGACCUGGCUCCCUGUCUCUGCCCUUUUCAACCGGGGCCAGGAAGAAGGGAGGGAUGCUGCCAGAAGCCACGCCGCGGAUCCAUCGACCCCGCCGCUCUCCCAUCCUGCGGGGUGACAGCUGCAGUGCCAAUGAGCCUGGGGACACCACGCUGCCCUGCCACGUAGGAAGGACAGCCAGUAACUCCAUCACUGUGAUGGAGGAAGGGAGGGACGUCACUGAUGAUCUGCUCGUGAAUGUCACACACAUGGAAAAGGCUUUGGUGUGGAGUAGAUGGCGAAGUGUCGGAAAACCUUGUCUGUUGCCGCCUUGAGCUGCUUUAGGUAUCAGUUUGUUGUUCCCUGGUUCAGAAUUUUACUUAAAUCUGUUUUAAUAUGACUCCACUCUUGCCGUUACAUUAAGAGACAACUCGCUUGCUUCAGUUGGGUUGGAUAGUUCGUCCAAAAGUCAAGAACUUCUGUGACUUUUGACAUCAAGUAGUCAAAGUCGAUCAACAAAGCCUCACUCCUCCACACCCCUCAGCAGAUCUCAGAAGUUGUGUUUACAUUUCGAGUGUUCUUGGCAUUUGUUGUUCACUUAAAAACCUUACCACGGGGAAUAUAUUCCCCUUUUUCAGCACAAUGUUCCUAAGAUGCGCCUGAUGUUGCGUUUGCUGCUUGUAACCCAGAUGGCGCACCACUGUAUACCUUUCAUCAGAGCUGCCUUUUGUCAGGGAACAAUGCUUGCAUAAAAAAACACAAAACAAUAUUUAGUGUGCAUCUCAAUUGCAGAAUCCUCAAUUCAAAGAUCCAAAACAAUGGUGGAUAAAACACUCCUUCCAUAUGGGAGAGAAGAGAGGAAGACAUGCGAGAGGCUUAGAGCAGAUUGUUCUUUUUAUUAUCAUUAACAGUAAUGUGAUUCUGAAGCCCCUUGUGACCCCCGCACAGCAGCACCUCAUCUCAGCAGUCAUUCAUUAGAACAAACAGAAGGCAGGCAGAGAGACAGCCAGAAAAGGAGACGUGGGGAGAGAGCAGAGUGUAAAAUAAAUUAGAUUGUUCUUAUUACAUGAACCAGUUUUCAGAUGGUAAAAAAAAAAAAAAGAAAUCGGAAAUUCAAAAGGACAUCUGCAAGUACUGCAUUCGGAGAUGAAGAUGUCAUGGGAAGCCCGUGAUCCAGUUGUUGGGUCUUGUGCUCUGUGUGUAAUCACAGUUACACUUACUGUCCACUUUGGAUUGUGAGGCCUGCAGGGAGCCGUGAAAUAUGGGCAGUGUGUGAAACAGGCGCGUGUGCGUGUGUGUGAGCGCGUGGAUAGAGAUUUAGUUCUAGUGUUUCUGUGGACUGAUGCGAGCUGUGGUGAAACUAAUCAAAAAGCCUCUUAUGCCUUCUUCCUCUGAUAUAAAUGGAUUGUACUGUCUUUCCCUGAUGAUUCGGCGCAGUGUUUACUGAGUGGGAUAUUUUACACCAGAGUGACAGUAAAGGCCACCUCUCUCAAUUAAGCCCCCCUGGCUCUUUUUCCUAUAAGAGCAGGCCUUUCUUCAUAUCACCCCCCCUGGUGCUCCUUAUCUCUGCAGGCCUGUGGAGUAAAGGUCCAAAUCACCCACCUCCAUACAUGCUAAUGUGGAUGUACACAUAUGUGAGGAUGAAGUAGCAGAGUUGGACACAGAGCGGUGGUCAGGGGCUCUGUUUGGGCUGGGGCGACAGAGGAUGAGGAGGAGAUGUGGGGUGGAGGGAGGUUUGCGUGCGUGUGUGUAUACGGGGUGUGGGGUGGUGGUGGGGGGGUUGAAGCGAGCCGUGUGGAUCCUUGGAGUGGUGUGACAGACUCCCCAGCCUCCUGGUAGGAUUUGUUGGAAUGUGAGAGAGGAGGAUUUUAGCACCAGGCGAGCCACGCCAGAGUGCUGCAGACUUCAUGCCAUCUGUCUCAGCCUCCAUCGUCUCUUUGCCAAACUCGUCAGACCUUUAUUUCCUCUCCCUCCAGCUCCUUCUCAUCCCUGUUCACAAGAGGAGCGGACAUACUGAGAUCUGCUAAUGUAUUGGAGAGGGGGGAAAAUGGCUGGGCUUAAUAGAUGGAUUCAGAAAAUCCUCGAUUGAUUAACAUGUAUUCUUGGAGCUGAUUGUCCGACAGCCCUCGCGGAGAUAAAAUGUGUGUUCGAUAGCCCUGCCAUUUGUUACUUGACCAACAGGGGAAGAGAGAGAGAGAGAGUUAUUCAUACCAUAGCAGCUCUGUUGAUCGGCUAUUAAUAAAACAUGUUCCACAAAAAGCCAAAAAGUUGACGAAAUUUCAAGCAUUUUUACAAACUAUUAUAAAUAAACUGCUGUUGGUGAGUUUUGUGCACUAAAUUUCUCAUGGAUACACCAAUCUACCUGCUGCCUGCCAGUCCAUGUUACCAUUAUGCCCUUUUUAGGUCAUGACAGAAUCAAAAUCUCAAACCAAAAUGUUUAAUUGAGUUAUUUAGAUGGAAUUAAGUCUUCACCCUCUUUCUGUAACCUGCUCCAGGGUGGAAGAAACAGAGGCCCUAGGUGGCCGGAAGUGGGCAGGAAGCCUUUGACACCAACCCCUGGUCUGGUUUUGGCAAUCAAUCGGGUCUUGGAAUAUCAGAAAAGGUGAGCCUGUUAACCCCAGAGGACCUGCAAGACCAUGCAGAUCUGUUAUGAGUGGGAAGGAGGGGGGGAGUGUAGUCACCACUGCUCCCAGUCUUAUCACAGCUCAGACAGCCAGAGUCAACUGGCUGCAUCCUAACUAGCAGGCAAACACUGACAACAGUCUGGUGCACCGGCAAGAUGGACGGGCACGUUUGUCACAUGGUUACUUUGCAGGAUGCCACCAAAACAGUGUGGAAAACAUUGCAUAAUGUGUAUGAGAACAUAUACAUGCAAGUAUGAUAUAUGUGACAAUUUACAGAAUACAGCCACAGAUCGCAUUUAAAAAAAUAAAAUUAAAAAAAAACUUGAGAAACUGCUGCAGAAGUUGUGGGCUGAAACUAUAAUGCAACAACAGAAAACAAGAUUCAGUGAUGUUAUUUAACAGCGAGAGGAAAGAAACAUCAAAAAGGAACACAUACACCACAGACAACGCAGAAAAUUAAAUCAGCAGAUGUGAUCGUGGGGAGCUGCUAAGUGCUAAAUUGCAGACAUUGCUUUGAAAUUGGUGGAAAGAAGAAAAAAAAAAAAGAGUUAAUACUGAGCAGCUAUUGUGAGCUUUGGGAUGCCUGUAACACUAACAUAAAAUAUCCUGUUAGAGAGAUAAAAUAAUGAGUGAAAUCAGAGAGAAAUCUGUGUUCUAAGUGGGUUUUAUGUGUCUCUGAAUCAGGCAAACAAUUCACAGGAACUGAGUUCAGCUGGAGGGACAUGAUGAAUCUGCAGCCUGCUCCAGGAUUUUGUGUUUCGUCCAGCUUUGCAGGAGGUGAGUGCUAUCAGUGUCUUUGCGCUCAUCCCUCUGUUUCUGCAGGAUGUUUGCUGUACACAACAUGCAAGCAAACACACAUGUGCACACACUUAAAUGCACAAACAGAAACUCUAAUCCUGACCCCCCCACUCUCUUUCUUUUUCUCUCUUCUUCCUCACUCCACUUCCCUCCCCGGGCAUGGAAAUGAAAGCUGGGCACUCGGAGUGUACGGUUGGGAGAAAUGAAGACGUGUCUGAUUUCCACGGCAGCCAAUGGCGAUGCAGCGCUCCCGACUCUCUGCCCUCUGAUAGGUCUUUGUCGCUCUCUUCAUCUCAGAGGCCCCCGUGUCAUUCCCUCUAAUCCCCCCUCUCCCCUCCCCUCCAACACCACCACCACCUUCCCAAACACAAACAGGCCAAUCCAGAGACUCAGCUCAGGGGCCGGGGGAGGGAUGAAGAAGGCUGAGGCAUGGCAAAGGAGAGAGGGAUGUAGUUCAGGAGGAAAGAAAAAGGAGCACCAGAAGCUGGUGUUUGGUGUGAGAGAGAGCCUGUGUGUUAUUAUUAAUAAAGCAUUAAAAAAAGUGAGCACAUCAAAGCAUACAGGGGCUAUGCUAUCAUACAUGAAAGUGAUGCACUAUGGCUUAAUGUUUCCUAAGGCGUGUUAUGGUGACGCUGCUUUGAUUUGAAAUGCAUUGUGUGGAAAAUGGAUUUACAGGAGUGGGGAGAGAAAGCCUGGUGUGGGUGCAGACCAUAAUUCAAAACCUGACCUCAUAGGCUCUUCAAAGUCUCUGUGAGUGUGAAUAUGUGGGACUUAUGUACCGUCAUGUGCCAGACCUAAACCGCAGCAACAAACACAUACAUGUGCCGGAGAUAUGAAGGACACCUGUGAGAAAAGAAAAUGAGCAAUUACUGUCACACAAAAUUAAAAAGGCAUAAUCUUACAUUCUGAUCAUUAGCAAUGAUUGGAACUAAUUUUCAAUUUUUCAUUUCUUGUUACCUGAUUAUAAAGCACAUCUUUCUUCUUCUUCUUCUUCUCCUUCGAUGACGGCCCGCAGGAAGAGAGAGACAUCAUCCUCAUCAUUCCCCCGUGGCCAGGUAAUUAUCCUAAUCUACCUUCCUCCUGUGCUGCGGCUCCUGUGCCAUGCUGGCUCAGACCACCUCUGUGGCUUCAUUAUCAGCGGAGGGACUCGCUAA